UUGACUAUUUUUUCCAUAAUGUGUCAUUUGUAAUGAGGAAUAAGUCUUGGUCAACUCUUGAUGAAUUUUGUUAAGUAUAACCAACUUUUAAUUCAAAAAUUUUUGCAAAAGAUAGUUCAUUUUCAAAAUCAUAUACUUUGCAGUUUUCACGCAACUCGACUAAUUCCGUUACCACUAGCAUACAUAAUGGCUGAAACAAUUCUAUACAAGCUCGCUGCUGAAAUCUUGAAAAGUUUGGGUUCUCUUGCUGCUCAACAAGUAGGAUCCAUUUACGGAGUAGCCAAUGAGCUUCACAAGCUAUCUACUACAGUUUCUUCUAUCCAAGCCGUACUUACUGAUGCAGAGAAGCAGCAGGGGAGUAGCCAUCAGGACUGGAUAAUGAGGCUUAAAAAAGUGUUCUUUGAGGCUGAUGAUCUCUUGGAUGACUUCGCCACUGAGGUUACACGUCGAAAAUUGGUGAAUAAGGCAGGCAUCUUCUUCUCAAAAUCAAACCCUGUGCUUUAUAAUCUCAAGAUAAGUCAUCGACUCAAGGCCAUUCGACAAAACCUAGAUCUAAUUGCAAAAGAUAAGGCCUCCUUAGAUCUAGUUGAAAUGAGGCAACCUUUGCUUCUGGAGCCUAAUUCAGUCCAAUUGAAUUUGGAUAGAGAGACUUAUUCGUUUGUGCCUGAUGGAGAAGUGAUUGGAAGGAAUGCUGAUAAAAAGGAAAUUGUGGAUUUUCUUUUGGAUUCUGAGGUUGAAGAGAAUGUUGUGGUUAUAUCAAUUGUUGGUCUUGGGGGACUAGGAAAGACCACUCUGGCACAAUGGGUGUAUAAUGAUGAAAUGGUUAAGGUGAAUUUUGAUAAAAGAUUGUGGGUUUGUGUUUCGGAUGUUUUUGAAGUGAAAAUGAUUGCAGAAAAAAUCAUCGAAUCUGCAGGAGGGGAGAAGGCUAAUUACCUUCAACUAAAUACAGUGCAAAAUGAGCUUACGGAAAUGCUUGAUGGGAAGAAGUAUUUGCUAGUGCUCGAUGAUGUGUGGAACGAAAAUACCUUGAAAUGGUCGAAACUGAAGAAUAUGUUGAUUGGUGGAGCCAAGGGAAGUAAGAUUUUAGUGACUACUCGUUCAGAUGUGGUGGCGGAAGUUUCAGGAAGUGUUCACCAACAUAAAUUAGGGGACCUUUCAGAGGAAGAGGCAUGGACAUUGUUUGAGAAAAUGGCAUUUGAAUGUAACAAAGAGAGCGAAAAUUCGAAUUUGGUGGAAAUAGGAAAGGAAAUUGUGAGAAAGUGUGGAGGAGUUCCUCUUGCAAUAAAAUCAGUAGGAAGCCUACUACGCCUCAAAAGAACGGAGAAUGAGUGGAUAUAUUUCAAGAAUCAAGAUUUGUCAAGUAUCACAAGAGGGAGCAACGAUGUAAUGGCCAUUUUGAGAUUGAGCUAUAAUCACCUUCCUCAGCAUUUAAAGAUAUGCUUCGCAUAUUGUUCCCUCUUUCCAAAGGAUUUCAAUAUUCAGAGUUUUGAUUUGAUUGAUAUGUGGAUUGCUCAAGGCUUUAUUCAAUCAACUAUUAGCAACAGAGAUAAUGUGGAGGAUGUUGCAAAUUCAUAUUUCAUGGAUUUGUUAAGAAGGUCAUUCUUUCAAGAGACUGAAGAACAUGAAUUGUUUCUGCUCUUUCAAGGAACUGAAAAACAUGAAUUCCUGCAUUUUUAUAAAAUGCACGAUCUUAUUCAUGAUCUCGCGAAAGAAGUUGCAGAUAGGGAAUUCUUCAGUAUCACUAAAACUGAAGAUACAGAGGUUGUACCAGAACAAACUCUCCAUGCGUCUUGUUUAUUCCAGAUUGAUGGUUCAUUGGUAUUUCCCAGUGACUUCUAUAGGAAGCAUAUCAAGUUGCGGACAUUUAUUUACUUAAAUGGUUCCCCAUACAGUGUCAUGAGCAAUUCAACCUUGGAGAGAAUGAUUUCAAGUUUUGAACGUUUGCGCAUUCUACAUUUAUGUCAGCUGCAGAUAGAACUUUUGCCUCAAUCUUUAGGUGGACUGAAGCAUCUAAGAUACCUUGCUAUUUCUUCUGAGAGCAUUGUUACUUUACCAAAUUCCAUCACAAAAUUGCAUAACUUACAAAUUUUAAAGUUGGUCAAUUGCAAUAAACUCACAAAGUUGCCAAGAGAUAUUUGGAGAUUGGUGAGCCUUCGACGUUUGGUAUGUAGAUUCUGCCGCUCAUUAACCCAUAUUCCGCCAGGACUUUGGCAGUUGGCAAGUCUCAUGCAUUUGGAUUUUAAUUAUUGCUUAUCCCUGGAAGAUAUGCCUGGAAUUGGCCAAUUGACGUCUCUACGGACAUUGACAGAUUUUAUCAUAGGCAAAGAAAGUUGCAAAUCUGGUCUGGCAAGUGACAGGUUGAAUGAACUAAAAGGCCUCGAUCUCAGAAAUAGAUUAACCAUUAACUUCAAGGGACGAGUCCAUGCAAUUGGAGAAAUAACACUGACAGAUGUAGUGAAAAAAAUGAAACAUCUUCGACAGCUGAAUGUAGAGUUCGAAUUUGGGAACUAUGAGGAUUAUGAUCUGAUAAUGUUGGAGGCCCUGCAGCCGCACCAUAACAUUGAAAGCUUGCGAAUAGUAAAUUAUAGCGGGUCAAGGUUUCCAAGUUGGUUGAUGGUUGAGAAUCUUGGAUUUUUGCUACCCAAGCUUGUUUAUCUACGUAUAGAAUAUUCCCGUAAAUGCCAAAAGCUUCCACCGCUAUGGAAAUUGCCUUCUCUCCAAAGUCUUGUACUACGGAAUCUCAACGUUGUAGCGAACAUCGAUGGACUUGAAGGUGAUGAUAAAUUCAUGCUACCAUCAGAUGAAUGCUACUUCUCUUCCCUAAAACGACUUGAAUUGCAGGCAAUAAAUAAGAAGAUAAUGAAGCAAAUUCUUUGCCCACCGCAUCACCAUUCUCCUCUUUGUGAUUUGAAUAAUUUGACUCUACGUUCUGUUGUUAGCCUAGUAACUAUGCCAGAGGAUGUGUUAAAGAGUCUGGUGUCGCUCCAAUCCUUGUCCAUUCAAAGUUGCAGAAACCUGGUCUCUCUAUCCACAUGUCUAACUCAUCUCAGUUCCCUUGAGCAUUUGUGGAUAGACAAUUGCCCUCAGCUCGACUUGUCCAGCGAUGAGGCAAUGCAAUUUCAAGCCCCGGGGAACUUGUCAACUUUCAUAGUUCUCAGGCUUGACAAGCUAACGACACUUCCAGUUUGGCUCCAACAUUUCUCAGGUACUUUGAAAUCAAUAAACAUUAGGAUAUGUCCUAACUUUGCAACAAUUCCAGAAUGGAUUGGCGGCCUCAUUUCCCUUAAUCAGUUGAGGAUUCAUGGUUCCCCAAUGUUGACAUCCUUGCCAGAAGGCAUGCGAUCUCUCGCAGCAUUGCAAAUGCUAAUUGUUAUUAGAGGUUCAUCAAUCCUGAAGCAAAGGUGCCAGGAGGAAGUAGGAGAGGACUGGCCUAAGAUUGCUCACAUCCCAAGAGUUUACAUACAAGAAUGACGACCUGGUGCAAGUUGAGGUAAUUAUCCUUUUACGCCUGUUUGGAGUGUUGUUUCUCAUUGUUUCACAUAAUGUAUUGUUUUAUACCUUAUUAUGUUGUGUUGUUGAAUCAAUGUUUGGAUAGAUAGAUGAGUUGGGUUGCUGAACCGAUCUUCUGGAGAGUUUAAACGAAAGAAGUUGUCAUUUCAACUAUGUUCUUGGGAGAUUCGGGUCAAUUAAAAAGUUGAUAAUUCAGAAGAACUUCUCUGAGGCAUCCAUUUCCAUGGUUAUUGGUAUAUCAAAUGGUUUUCUUUAA